GCAGCAUCAUUUCAUUACUGUGACAGACGGACUCUUGUCCCGUGCUAUCUCCCCCUUUCCCCCUUUUUUCCUCCUUUUUCUCCACCUCUUUCCCACUCCGACCGAGACAACAUGGAUGAGACGAGUCCGCUGGUGUCUCCUCUCCGGGACUCUAACGAUUUCAGCUACUGUCCAACCGAGCCGACGAGUCCCCGAGGCGGAUUUGGAGGAACACCAGGUUCCGUGGUUCGCAUUCCGGCUGGAAGUCCCGGGCGCAGUCGUGAGAGGCAGCCUCUUUUGGAUCGGGACCGGGGCUGUUCUCCAAGAGACCCGCACAGGAACGAGUUUCCAGAAGACCCGGAGUUCAGAGAGAUCAUUCGCAAAGCGGAACGCGCAAUAGAAGAAGGGAUAUAUCCAGAGCGCAUCUACCAGGGAUCCAGCGGCAGCUACUUCGUCAAAGAUUCGCAAGGGAAGAUCAUCGGCGUCUUUAAGCCUAAAAACGAGGAGCCGUACGGGCAGCUGAACCCAAAGUGGACCAAGUGGCUGCAGAAGCUCUGCUGUCCGUGCUGUUUCGGUCGGGACUGCCUGGUUCUGAACCAGGGUUACCUCUCGGAGGCCGGAGCCAGCCUGGUGGACCAGAAACUGGAGCUGAACAUCGUCCCACGUACCAAGGUGGUGUAUUUGGCCAGUGAGACGUUUAACUACAGUGCUAUAGACAGAGUGAAGUCGAGGGGGAAGAGACUGGCCCUGGAAAAAGUGCCCAAGGUGGGACAGCGCUUCCACAGAAUCGGCCUGCCGCCUAAGGUCGGUUCCUUCCAGCUCUUUGUCGACGGGUACAAAGACGCAGAUUUCUGGUUACGACGGUUUGAGGCGGAACCUUUACCAGAGAACACAAAUCGACAGCUCCAGCUCCAGUUUGAGAGACUGGUCGUGCUGGAUUACAUCAUCAGAAACACAGACAGAGGGAAUGAUAACUGGUUAAUAAAGUAUGACUGUCCCAUGGAUACCUCAGGCAACAGAGACAGUGAUUGGGUUGUGGUGAAAGACCCCAUUAUUAAACUGGCAGCCAUAGACAACGGUCUUGCCUUCCCCCUCAAACACCCGGACUCCUGGAGAGCCUAUCCAUUUUACUGGGCGUGGCUGGUGCAGGCCAAGGUACCUUUCUCUCAGGAGAUCAGGGAACUGGUUCUGCCCAAACUGUCAGACCCGAAUUUUAUCAAAGACCUGGAGGAAGACCUCUACGAACUGUUCAAGAGAGACCCUGGUUUUGACAGAGGUCAGUUCCAUAAGCAGAUAUCAGUAAUGAGAGGACAGAUUCUGAACCUCACUCAGGCAUUGAAGGAUGGGAAGACUCCCCUACAGCUGGUCCAGAUGCCCCCUGUUGUCGUAGAAACCGCCCGCGCCCCUCAGCGAGCCAACAGCGAGUCCUACACACAGAGCUUCCAGAGUCGACGACCAUUCUUCACCUGGUGGUGAACUCCGUGUGUGUGUGUGUGUGUG